AUGGCGCGGUGGUUGUCAUUCUUUGCAGAAUACAACUUUACGGUCGAGUACAAACCAGGACGACUUAAUGUCGUCGCUGAUGCACUCUCACGUCGUCCCGACUUUGAAACAGUCGCGAAACCCAACAGUGAGACAGUCACUGUUGCGGUUAUGACGUCCUCAGUUCCAUCUACAACGUUGUAUGAUGAUGUGAGGCGGGCAUACGCCCAAGAUGCCGUUUCUGGUGACACAACACGUGUUGUCAUUCCAGAUGAUACUGAUCUGCGUUUGCGGAUCAUGUUCGAGUAUCACGAUGCUCCUAUAGGAGGACAUCGUGGCCGAGAGAAAACAUAUCUCACGGUAAGUCGAGACUUUUACUGGCCCCGCCAGUAUCAGUUUGUGCGAAAGUAUGUUCGCGCAUGCGAAGUCUGCCAACGAGUGAAGUCAAGUCCUUCACUGCGUGCACCUUUACAGCCUCUACCGGUUCCGGCUGAGUGCUGGGAAUCCAUCUCAAUGGAUUUCGUCUUCGGGUUACCCAAAGACGCACGCGGGAAUACGGGUAUUCUCGAAUUUGUUGACAGACUCAGCAAAAUGGUACACCUUGUGGCUGUACCAGAGACAAUCACGGCAAGUGGCUGUGCUUGUGUCUUUAUUGACACCAUCUUCCGACUUCAUGGGUUGCCCCGUGAACUCGUAUCAGACAGAGAUCCACGAUUCACUGCUGAUUUCUGGCGUUCCGUGUUCAAAUCACUCGGAACGCGCUUGAAGAUGUCAACAUCUGAUCAUCCAGAGACAGAUGGUCAGACGGAACGUGCCAAUCGUGUCCUUGAAGAGAUACUUCGAGGAUACGUACACUCCUUUAAGAGUUGGAGUGAGUUUUUGCCGAUGGUAGAGUUUGCCAUCAACAACUCGGUGCAUGCGUCCACGACACAUACACCGUUUUACGUGAAUGGCUUGCGCCAUCCGCGUGUACCCACCUUACUAGAGUGUAACUCUGGUUUAAGGGGGGGAGGGACUCGCGCGAGCAAAAACCGAUUUGGUUCACGCUCAUCACGCUCUGACGAAGAAGUCAUUGCGUUUGAUGCCGAUAUCGAUAACAUCGAUAUCGAAGAAGAUGAUGCCAGUGAGAGUGCGGAAGCCCUCACUGAAGACAAUGAUCCCAGUGAGAGUGCGGAAGCCCUCACUGAAGAAAAGAUUGAUGUUGCCGCAGUGCGCUCACAGCGCACUGAAGCUAACGAGUCAUCAGAUGAGUUCAUACUGGCUCGUGAAACGGUAGUCCGUUUUGUGCAAGACUCCAUCGCCGAAGCGGUGACUUAG